AUGUCCCUCCCUCCUGACUACUCCAACGAGAUCUCCACUCUCGACCGCGAAAUUCUCAAACACAAGCCCCACGACAUCCUCCAGUUCUGCGCAAACUUCUUUAAUCGCCGUCUCGAGUCGCAGCGAACCGAAUAUCUGCUGUCGCAACAGCACUCCAGUCCCCAGGGCCGUGCCGAGAACACCUUUCCCGGCAACAACCCCUUCAGCACCUCCCCCAGCAGCGGUAGCGGCUUCACCAAAUCCACAAUGCAGCGUCUCGAAGAGGAGGAGGAAAACGACACCAUGACCUCCCCCACUGCCUCGACCUUUGCAGCCGUCGACUUUAGCAGGUCUCGCAGCAGCAACAACGACUCGGGUGCGAGCGCGUUUGGCGACUUUGGCGGCUUUGGCGGCUCCUCAAAGAAUAACAUCACCCAAAUGCCGCCUCUUUCAGGCGAAGGCCAGAACUUCCCCAGCAACUACAACACCAACAGGCGCACUUCCGUCUCUGCUGAGUCGCUCAACCCCGCCUCGAGUGCUGCCGACAACUUCACCCCACCUUUCCACCAGAAGACGCAGGACCAGCUAUCGCGCCUCAAGUCUGCCGUCUCGGGCAACUUUCUCUUUUCACAUCUCGAUGACGACCAGUCAGCCAUGGUGCUCGGCGCGCUGCACGAGAAGCCGAUACCAACAAAGGGCAUAAAGGUCAUUCAGCAAGGCGACGUGGGAGAUUACUUCUACGUCGUCGAAAAGGGCUCAUUCGACAUUUAUGUCAACCAGUCGGGUAAGGUUGAGGGUGGUUUGGAUGGUGUUGGCAGCAAAGUAGGCACCGUCGGACCCGGUGGUUCUUUUGGUGAGCUAGCUCUCAUGUACAACGCUCCCCGUGCCGCAACCGUCACCUCAACAGAGCCAUCCACGCUCUGGGCGCUAGAUCGCAUUACCUUCCGUCGCAUCCUCAUGGACAGUGCCUUCCAGCGCCGACGCAUGUACGAAGGCUUCCUAGAGGAAGUUCCUCUGCUGUCCACCCUAACGCCCUACGAGCGUUCCAAGAUUGCCGAUGCUCUCGAAACCAAAAAGUACCCUCCUGGAACAACCAUCAUUCAAGAAGGCGAUGUCGGCGAGUCCUUCUUCCUCCUUGAAUCCGGAGAAGCCCAGGUCUUCAAGCGCGGCGUAGACAGCGCCGUCAACCAAUACAAAAAGGGCGAUUACUUCGGCGAGCUGGCCUUGCUCAAUGAUGCUCCUCGUGCGGCAUCAGUCAUCAGCAAGACAGAGGUCAAGGUUGCAACGCUCGGAAAGAAUGGCUUCCAGCGACUUCUCGGCCCUGUCGAAGGCAUCAUGAGGCGGAACGAUCCCAGCAAGGCUGCUUUCGAAGGCGAUCACGUAGAUCCGCUGUCUACGACUUCAUAA